CCUGUAGCUGCAGUAGAUGCAGGUGAUUGUAGUGAUGACAAGUGGCGACGUAAAUGUCAGGGCUAGUGAGUCAUUAAAAUAAUUUGUUUCUUUUAUUUAAUUUAUAUUGUUUGUAUUUUAUGUUGAAAUUUAACAAUAAACCGUAAUUCUUCAAGACUUUAACAACUUGGAUAACGACGGUAAAAUUCCAAAUUAAAAAUGCCACGGCCUUUACCUGAAGCUUCUGGAAAUAUUGGAAAUUUUAUGAGCAAACCAGCAAGAGGUUGGCUGCAUCCAGACCAACUGAUAGGCAAGAAAGGAGUUACUUAUGCAGUGCGGUAUAUUGGAUGUCUUGAAGUCAAUACUUCAAUGAAAAGUCUCGAUUUUGACACAAGAUUCCAAGUUGCAAAGGAAUGUAUCAACAGAGUUUGUGAGGCAGCCAGUCUCAAAACUGUAGACAAGAAACGUAAGGUGGAUAAACGGGUGAGCCGCAGUAUUGGCGAGCAGCCACUGAUGGAUCACGCAGGUACCAACGUGAAACUGAAUGUCUCCAGCACAAGCCUGUCCCUGCGUGCACUAGACUCUGGGCAAGUUAUAGCUACCCAUGACAUGCCUCGGAUAUCCUUUGCCUCUGGUGGAGACGUGGACACCCUGGACUUUGUUGCUUAUGUGGCCAAGGAUCUGAACGACUGGCGAGCCUGCUAUGUACUGGAGUGUGGUGGUGGCCUUGCCCAGGAUGUUAUCACUACCAUUGGACAGGCAUUUGAGCUGCGGUUCAAACAGUUUCUCACUCUGCCAUCUGUCCCGUCCACAGUAAGAGCAGACGACAGAGAGUAUUACAAUGAUCUUCCGGGCAAGGUACCACCAGAUGUGGGACCACCCCCUGUACCACCCCUUCCCAAUGCCACAUCCAUCGCACAGUCUAAUAGUGUGGACAAGACGAAACCUAAUCAGGUUCAACCUAGAGAAAGGCUAGCUUCUACAAAUUUAAUAGAUUUAAAUUGUGAUAUUAUCGGUCCUCCGCAUCGUCCCCAUGACUAUGUUAACGAUAUCGUAAUCAAUAGCAAUCGAUCACCAAGGGAUGUCUUUGAUAUGCAGCCAUUUGUAAGUGGAGGCCUGGUUGGCGUGAGUAACACAGCAGCAGGGACUGUCACAGAGGCAUCGGAACAGACAGAGAGGAGUCGGCUACAGAGUGAGGCGUGGUUCCAUGGCUCCAUCAGCCGCCAGCAGGCAGAGCUGUUGCUCAAACAGGAUGGUGAUUUCCUAGUAAGAGAAUCUCAAGGGUCUGCAGGUCAAUACGUGUUGACAGGUCUUCAGGGUGGGGUCAAGAAACAUUUGCUCCUUAUUGAUCCAGAGGGUGUAGUAAGAACGAAGGACCGUAUGUUUGAAAGUGUUAGCCACUUGAUUAACUAUCACUGUCAGAACCAGCUACCGAUAAUCUCUGCGGAGAGUGCACUAGUUCUGCGUAACCCUGUCCCUCGCACUUCCCUGUAACUUACUCCUGAGCCUCAGCCGCGGCAGUGUUCUCGUAGUUAUGUAUUGUUGAAGGUUUUAAUGUAAAUUAGUUUAUUUUUCCAUAAACUGUAAACAGACAAUGUUCCAAGUUUGGCCUAAUAUGUUCUAAGAUGCCAAUUUAUAAUUAUUAUUACGUUUUUUUAAAGGCUAAUGUUGUUUCUAAUGCGGUAUAUAGUUACCAAAGUGUUUUUACUACAGCAGUAUUCAAAUAUUUUAAAAACAAUUUUCUAUUUUAUUUUAUUAAAAUUAGAUACUUGCAUGUAUUUUUUAACAAUAGUAGAUAUUUUAAAAUAUAUAUUUUUUUCUAUAUACAUUAUUUUGUUUGCAUGUAUUUGUUAAGAACUUCCAUUACAUUGCCAUGUUAUACAGAAUUAUAACUCAAAUAAAAUAUAUUCUAGCGA